AUCUAAAAAAAAAAAAAAAAAAAAAAAGUUAGGAUUAUUAUUUUUCGAGAUACAUAUUUGUGGGAUUUCCUUUAUGUAAAAACAAUAUGAUAAAAAUGUUAACAAGGUUGCGGCAAGACCUACAAAAGGACUAGGCCUUAAACAUUUUGAAUUACUCCAUCGAGUCUAUGUGACGUUAUCCGAGCCCGAUUUUCUUUCACAUUAACAUCAUUUUAAAGAAUUUAAAUAAUACAUAAAUCUUAUUUAAAUUUAUUCGAAUAACUAUUAAGUUUUUCCUGUAUCAGGUUUUUAUUAUCAUAAGUUCUUUAAUUUUCAAAAUAUUUUUUUAAAAUCUGAUAUUUUUUCCAUUUGUUUGGUGUAAUUAGCUUGACCUGUAGUGUUUACAUUUUUCCUGCAUUGAUAGUGGAGACGGCUACUUUUGCAGAAUGUCACAAAGCUCCGUAUUUCUUUUGAUGGUUGGAGGACAGAUUGAAUCAGCAGAGUUUCCUGACUUUGAUGACAUAUACUGCAAAUACUGCUUCACAUUUGGCCCGGAUUGGUUGGUGACAUCAGGCUUAGAUGAAGGAUUGACACAAGUUACGAAGAAAAGCCGUGAUGACAGACAGCAGUUUGUGUGGAACUUCCCCCUAGACAUAACAUUUAAAAGCACCAAUCCAUUUGGAUGGCCUCAGUUGGUCGUCCAUGCCUAUGGAAUUGAUGCCUUUGGAACAGACGUUGUAAGAGGUUACGGCGUAACACAUGUACCCAUCACGCCCGGCAGGCAUAAAGUCCGUCUUCCCAUGUUUGUGCCAGAAUCUUCAUCUCAGUUACAGAAACUGACUGCCUGGAUUUUAGGUCGUCGACCAGAGUAUGUUGAUGUGCGUGUGCUGGCCCAAGGGGAGGGGAGAGAAGUGACCAGAGUUAGAUCCCAGGGUUUUCUCACAGUGUCAUUUAAUGUGGUGAUGAAGGACAUGAAAAAACUUGGUUAUGACAUCAUUCCGUCAGAAAUGUCAUCAUCAGUAAUACCCGAGUCCGUGGCCGCCAAGAGUGGGGGGACCACGGAAACAUGAUUGACCCCCUCCCCUCCCCCCCCCCCCCCAAAUAGUGCUCGUGAACAUUGACAGGAGGUACAGCAACUCAUUCACAUUUAUAGUUCAUUUAGUGGAAGUCCGUCCAGUUUACACAGUUAGUGAUGAUGAAGUGUUUUGUUAUAUUAGUUAAAGUACUUUAUUAAGAGUAUGAAAGUUAACUUUUACCAAUGAUAUACCUGUAGUUUUAACAUUUUUAUAAAAGAUAUAAAAUGCAUCAGGUUGCAUUCAAAGUGGUAAAGUAAUUUAAUUAAGCAUUUAUAUCAAUUGAUUCGUCAUUUGUAAACAUACAGAGACGCCCUUGUUCUCGUCUAUUUGUUGGCCGGAGAUGUUACUACAUUUUCACCGAUUCUGACUCAACAAUAUGUAGACAUUUCAAAUUACUUGAUUUUCAUAUUCAUGAUGCAAUGUUACAUAUUAUACAUUAAAAUUAUUAAAAUCAU